GCAUCCCCUUAGCAGAGGUUUUCCCCCGACUUCCGAAAUCUGCCCGCGGGGCCUCCCUACCUGGCCGCCUACUUCUAAGAGCCACUCCCUCCCCGCCUGUGGCCCUGACGGCGUGUCCUGCAGCGGCGCUGCCCACCCCAGGCCCUCCUGCUGCAGUGCCCCGCCCGCCCAGGGAGCAUCGCAGCCGCCGCCGCCCAGAUGCGGGGAGCCCGCGAGGCGGCUGCCGGCGGUUCUGCAGCGCUGGCUUGGCGGGGGGGCCGCUGGAUGGACACCCGGGCCAGGUCCUCGCGGGGCGCGGUGCCUCCUCCUCCCGGACGGCGGCAGCAACAGCAACAGCAGCAGCAGCAGCAGCAGCAGCAACAGCAGCGGCGGCGGCGGCGCCAGGAGCGGCCCGGCGGCGACGCGAUGGGGCCCCUCCGCGACAGCAAGAAGGAGCAGAGAGGGCAGCAUCAGGAGAAGGAGAUCUCCAGAAGCCGAAUUCCCCGUUUGAUUCUUCGACCACACCUGCCCCUGCAACAGCAGAAAGUGUCCCCAACCUCUGAGUCUCCCUUCUCUGAGGAAGAGAGCAAAGAGUUCAAUCCCAGCUCUGGGCGCUCAGCGAGGACCAUCAGCAGCAACAGUUUCUGCUCAGAUGACACAGGCUGUCCAAGUAGCCAGUCCGUGUCUCCUGUGAAGACACCCCCCGAUACUGGAACUAUUGCUGUUGGAUUUUGCGCUGAAAAUGAUGAAGAUUUUAUCAGAAAGAAAUGCACCAUUGCAAUGGCUAGUGAGGGAAGUAUUCAGUCAACUCGACAUAAGAAGGACUCAAAGUCAGGCCUUAUAAAGCCAGGUAGUGAAGCGGAUUUCAGCUCCUCCAGCAGCACCGGCAGCAUUUCUGCUCCGGAGGUCCAUAUGUCGGCGCCGGGAAGCAAGCGGGCGUCCUUCCCACGCAACCGAGGUCCCCACGGACGGAGUAAUGGAGUGUCAUCACACAAGUCGGGGAACAGCCCCCCAUCCCCCCGGGAGAAGGACCCGCUGUCUGUGCUCUGCAGGAACCAGUUGAACCCUCUCCACCUGCAUCCCAGUUACGCACCUUCUUCCCCAAGUAGCAGUAACUCCGGUUCCUACAAAGGAAGCGACUGUAGCCCCGUGAUGCGGCGACCCGGAAGGUACCUGUCCUGUGGUGAAAAUCAUGGGGUGAAGCCCCCGAGUCCCGAGCAGUACUUGACCCCUCUGCAGCAGAAGGAGGUGACGGUGCGGCACCUCAAGACCAAGCUGAAGGAAUCCGAGCGCCGUCUGCAUGAGAGGGAAUCUGAGAUUGUGGAGCUGAAGUCGCAGCUGGCCAGGAUGAGGGAAGACUGGAUCGAGGAAGAGUGCCACCGGGUGGAAGCCCAGCUGGCCCUCAAGGAAGCCAGGAAAGAGAUCAAACAGCUCAAGCAGGUCAUCGAGUCCAUGAGGAGCAGCCUGGCAGACAACGACAAGGGCAUUCAGAAGUACUUCCUGGACAUCAACAUCCAGAACAAGAAGCUGGAGUCUCUCCUUCAGAGCAUGGAGAUGGCGCACAGCGGCUCUCUGAGGGACGAACUGUGUCUCGACUUUCCCUGUGACUCCCCGGAUACCAGCGUAGCCCUGAACACCCCUUUGGACAAGCGGGCAGAUGGGGUGUCGCUGGAGGAGAUGGUGGCCGAGGAAGCAGCCGACAGCGAGCUGCUGGUGCUGGGAGACAGCCUGGCCGACGGCACAGAUUUGUUUGAGGAGACGAGAGAGCCCCACGAGGGGGACUUCCUUCACUCCACCCCGGGGGCCAAGAGCCGGGAGGGCCUCCCUGGGGAGGGCGAGCCGCAGGAGGGCCGCGCAGGGGUGGAGCGAGCCGUGCAGACCGACGCGAUGCCCUACGGCCUGGCCAUCUCAGACUUCAUCCAGCACAUGCUGCGAUUCCAGACCCCAGGCCCCUCCGGCCCAGACACCCUGGGAGAGCCGGGGGCUGACCGCCCCGCAGACACCCCACACCCCAUCUCUGCACUUCUGCUGGAUCUAACAACGGAAACCCCAGACUCAGCCCGGCUCUUGUCUCCCAUGGAGACCCCGGGCCUCCCCGAGGUGGUUCUGGAAGCUCCCGAGAACCAUCUCCUGCGCGCGGAGCUGGAUUUUGGGGGUCCCGCCAACGAGAGGUUGGACGGCGCCAGCCCAGCCGCCCCGUCGCCUCUGGGGCUCGUGGUGGCGAGGCAGUACUGGAGCAGCAGCUUCCUGGUGGAUCUGCUGGCCGUGGCUGCCCCCGCGGUCCCCACGGUCCUGUGGGCCUUCAGUACUCAGAGGGGAGGGGUCGAUCCCAUCUACAACAUCGGGGCCUUGCUCCGGGGCUGCUGCGUGCUGGCGCUGCAUUCGCUCCGCCGCACCGCCGGUCACGUCAAAACCUAAAGGGUCGCGGUCGUGUCUCUGUGCCAAUCAGUCCCCGUGUGGCACGGUGCCAGGUGGAGAGACAGCACCCCUUCACCCCCUCCCCCGUCCUCCCCCCACCUCCCUCCCCCCACCUCCAGCGGCAGUGUCCGUUCUGUCGUUGUGCUCCCCCGUGUUGGAUUUGCACUAUGUUUAGUUGAAGCCUGUUUGCUGUUUAGAACCAGAGGAAUCCUCGAGGCGUCCUGCCCGUGUGUAAAGAAAGCAUGCCUAGGACCCUGCCGCGUCGUCCGAAGUACCUGUUCUCCUCCUUCGUGGUGCGGGAAGAGAAAAUGCCAAGUUUGCACUCUCGGGACAGCUUCUGUAAGGCUGGCAUGCUUUGUCCUUGCUUCUGCUUCGUGCCGUUUCCCCAUGUGUGAUGGUUCCAGCAUUCCGAUGGUCUUGCGCAUAGCAGGGGACUGUAACCAAAAAUUCAGAUGUUCUUGUGAGAUGGGUUUGAAAAAAAAGUCUUUGAAUAGCACUUUUAGUCUCUUCCUUGGAUUUGAUAAGGUUUGAGUGUUUGAAGUUUUUUACUUAAUGUAGCUCCAAAGUCUUCAAUGGCUUGUUUGUUCUUAAACCAGUUCCUUGGUGAAAUCGUAAAGUUUACAAUGUAUUAACUUAUUUUUUGCUUAUUAUAGAGAGUGCUAUAGAGUGUUUUAUUGGAGACUGUUCGUAACCACAACUUCAGCAUGAUGAGAAGAAAGAUUAGUGUUUCCACUUAAAUAAAUGUUUUAUCCUCCUAUAAAAUAAUGGUCUGUGUUUUUGCUUUGAUAUUUCAUGAGAUAUACAAUUUAAAUGGAUAGUAGAUCUUUUCACCUUUAUCAAGCAUGGUCUGUCAAAAAAAUGAUACUAGCUUGAGUAUAAAAAAGAAAAAAAAUAAUUUUAAUGAAAAUUGAAGACUUCCUCCUCUAAUUAUUACAAAUGUAUUGGACCAAGGUUUGAUUAUUUGCUUUGAAAUUUCACAUACUUUAUGUAAUUUUAUGUGGAUAUUUAUACAGUAAGGAUAUAUAAAGUGUUUUAUGUAAGUUAGACUGGCUUUAUUUUCAAGCAUUCUAGGGGUGCAGAGAGGCAGAAUAUGCAAUAUCAGAUGCCUUCUUUACAUUGGCAUACUAGGAUGAGUGGGUUUGAAAGAAUGAGAUAAUAUUUUAUCUGCCUUCCUUCAUUGUCUGCUCCCCACCCCCAACUUUGUGAAUUAGUUACAUCUCUAUUUUACAGAUGAGGAAGUUGAGCUUCAAAGAGGUUGAUUACCCAGGAUCUCACAGUUCAUCUGCUAAGCCAUAAUUCAAGUGUGUACAAAAUAAAUAAAUGCCUUUUCCACUUUACAGAAGAACCUGAGGAAUAUCCCAAAUUUAUUCUCAC